UUUUUUUUAAUGUCAAACCAAGGUCGUAAGUUUCAAAAGUUUUCAGUGGUGUUUGUUACUGUUUCGUGAUUGAAAAACAUAACUCUGAACUAUUUACUACAAAGAUUUAAUAAAAAUGACUAUAAUAAAAGUAAGCGAUGAGCAAGAAAUAAUAAACAAACUUACGUCUUACGUACAGAAAAUUUCCAACGAUGCUAUUUACAACAGAGGAAAUUUUUAUAUUGGCUUAUCAGGUGGCUCAGUAGUUAAAUAUCUUUGUGAAAGUCUUCCCAAAAUAGAUACAGAUUGGUCAAAAUGGACGCUUGCAUUUUGUGAUGAGAGAGUUGUGCCCGAGGACAGCAAUGAUUCUACAUUUGGCACUUAUAAGAGAGAUCUCAUACCCAAGACUUCUUUGAAAGAGAGCCAGUUUGUCACUAUAAAACAGGGUGUUUCAGCCGAAGAAGCAGCAAAAGACUACAUAGAAAAGUUGAAAAAAGCAUUUGGUGGUGAUGAAUUUAAAUUUGACUUGCUGCUACUGGGCAUGGGGCCUGAUGGUCACACAUGCUCUCUUUUCCCUGGGCAUCCCCUACUGACCGAGGCAAGUGUGUCGGUGGCAUCCAUAACGGAUUCUCCAAAACCGCCACCCGCACGUAUCACACUCACAUUCCCUGUGCUCAACAAUGCCAGAAAUUGCAUUUAUGCUAUUAGUGGUUCUGGAAAGGCUGAUAUGGUUAAGCGCAUAUUAAAAGACAAAGAAGAUCUGCCAGCUGGCAGAGUGAAACCCGAUGGUGGCUCCCUCUACUGGAUUGUUGAUGAAGCAGCUGCAGUUCAUCUGUGAUAUUUAUAUUACUUUUAUUAAAUUUUAACAUAUAAUGCAGUAAAAAUUCUUCCAAAAAAGUAUAUAAAUUAAAACUACAGAACAUCUACAUUUAUUAUGAGGGUGAUAAAACAAUAAGGUUUUUUGGCUGUGUUAGACUUAACAUACUUUCAUCCUGGCACUAUAUCAGCACUUUUAGUCUGUCACUCAACACAAUGCAGACCAUUUGAAGCAAUUUAGCACCUCUAAUGUUAAUCAACCCCUAGCUUUUCCAAGGAAAGCGAUGUUUUUUAGUUCGGAAUUCCUUAUGAAGGUAUAAUUGACCGCCUAGAACAAAGAUCAUAAAGAUUUCCAUUUGGCCGCGCUAAAUAGAGACGGCCGCGGUCAGUUCAAUCCGAUACAGAGGACGAUAUCACUGGCUAUUCGCUCUAAGAACGUGUUCUUGAAACUCCCAACACUGUGCCACACCAUAGUUCCGACCUCGCCGUAUUCCUCGUCUUCCUUCUCAAUCCUCUCCCAGUGACCGUCCUGAGCCGAGGUUUGAAACUCGUUAGUGGGUUGUCCUCGGCAUGGUCGCUUAAUUGCUAAGGGUUGCGAGCGCCUAAAGUGCUCACUCAAAAGUCCAAUGUUAACCUCACAAGGGUCGUUAUACUAACAGACCCGUGUGAGGCUAACAGACGUAUGUCGAAAAGAAAACAUAGAUUUAGUGCUUAGGUGAUUGUGUCAGAAUAACAGUAAUUAUCUUAACAACAAAAUUCUUGUGCUAUCGUGAUUUGGAGAGGGAUCAAUAUUUUCGCAAUUAAUGUCAAAUUAUGUAUAUUUUCUGUACAUUCCUUGUUGUAUUUAUUAUCAAUAAAUUGUUGGCUUUUAAA